UUCCCCGCCCCCGCUAGAGCCAUGAAGAUGCACUUCUGCAUCCCGGUGUCCCAGCAGCGGCCGGACGCGCUGGGGGGCCGCUACGUGCUGUACUCCGUGUACCUGGACGGGUACCUCUUCUGCAGGGUGCGCUACAGCCAGCUGCACCGUUGGAACGAACAGCUGAGGCGGGUCUUUGGAAAUUCCCUGCCACCCUUUCCACCAAAGUACUAUCUCGCAAUGACCGCAUCCAUGGCUGACGAGAGAAGGGACCAGUUGGAACAGUAUUUGCAGAAGGUAACCAUGGACGCAAACAUGUUGAGAAGUGACGUCUUCAUUGACUUUUUAAAACUCGUACAGCUGGACACAUUUAGCAUCACGACCAAGACAGCGGCUCUGGAUAUAUUUCUGCCUGAUGGAAGGAAUAUUCAAAUCGAAAUUCUAACAUCAGAUACUGCUGAAAGAGUUCUAGAGGUGGUGUCACACAAAAUUGGACUGUGUCAGGAGCUCUUGGGCUACUUUGGCCUCUUUCUCAUUCGGUUUCGCAAAGAGGGCAAGCUCUCUGUCAUGAAAAAACUGGCGGACUUUGAACUCCCUUAUGUGAGUCUCAGAAGUGCUGGAAUGGAAAACUGCAAGGUUGGACUCCGGAAGUGGUACAUGGACCCAUCCCUCGACUCCAUGCUGAUGGACUGCACAGCAGCCGUAGAUUUGAUCCAUAUGCAGGCACUACAGGACAUUGAACAAGAAUGGGCCAAACCCACACAGGCGCAGAGGCAGAAAUUAGAGGCUCUCCAGAAAGAAGACAACCAAACAAAGUUUUUGGAGCUGUCCCAAGAGGUACGGCACUAUGGAUACCUACAGCUGGAUCCCUGUACCUGUGACUACCCGGAACCAGGCUGUGGGGCCGUCCUUUCUGUCGGCAAUGAUGAGAUCAGCUGCUGCAUAACCCUGCCUGAUAACCAGACCCAGGAAAUCAUCUUCCAGAUGAGCAGAGUGAAGUGCUGGAAGGUCACUUUCCUCGGAACUCUGCUGGAUGUGGAUGGACCUCAGCGAACUCUCAACCAGAACUUAGAGCUCAGAUUUCAGUAUAGUGAAGACAGUCAUUGGCAAUGGUUUGUUAUUUACACCAAACAGGCUUUUUUGCUGAGUAGCUGCUUGAAAAAGAUGAUCUCAGAAAAGACGGUAAAGCUAGCUGCAGAGAAUCCAGAAAUGCAGAUUGAAGUUCCAGAACAAGGCAAAAGUAAAAAAUGCCACAUUCAACAAAGCCAGAAAGACUCUUCUCGUUUUCCACCAAGGAAAAGCAAGAUUGAGAUAGCCAAAGCUGACUGUGUUUUUGGGACCAUAAAGGAAGAAGAUCUUUGAUGAGAAACUCUCACUUUUAAAAAUGUCCUUUAGGGGCUGUCUCGACAGUGAAAGAGCUCAGGAAUUGAAAGUGGGCUUCCUAGCAUGAGUGGAAGAAGUUAAACUCCUUCCCAUUUUCUUCUGACGUUAAGAUGGCAGUGUUGACCAAGAGUACUUCAGAACUCUGUU